CGGUCGCUGGUGGAGCCCCGGUGUCUGUGGGAGGAGGAAGACGCCUUGUCCAACCAGAACUUGUCAGCUUGGUGCAGGCUUGCCUUUUUUUUUUUUUUGUUGCCUUUUUCCCCCCCCUACCAGGAUGCGAGUCUACCACAAAGGAGCUGAAGUUCAAAUAAGGCUGCUUUAGCCUUGCCUGAAAUGAUGGAUUCCAAACUUUAAAACCGGAAUGCUCGGUUCUCCCCUUUCGCCAACAGAAACUCUUACUGUGCUGCCACAGUAGCGCGGUGCGGAUGUGCGGCUUAGCCUGGGUAGCCAAGCUGUGAAAAAUCGUGCAGAAAAACGGAGGAGAAGAAAAGGAAGAAUGUUGUAGAUCACCUCGUUAUUGCCGUGUCUCACCCCAGUACAGCGCACAAAGCUAUUCGGCUGCGUACCAGGCCACCGAAGAGCUACGCUUGCGGUACAACCAGCUAAGUGAGAUGUCACAACUCCUGUGGACGAGCCGUUCUGAAAACCUUUGAUGAAAGCACGCGAAGGACCGCAAGAAAGAAGCCAAAGGAGACAGGGAAGAACACCUUAGAAAAGGUGGCAUGCAGGCAAGAUCAUGAGAGAGAAGCAUUUCAGCACAGUCUAAUCAUGCUGAUGUCAUUCACUGAUGGCUUACCAUCUGCAAACAGUGGUCAAACCCUGGAACAGGCUUACUAGAGAGGUGGUGGAUGCCCCAAGCCUGUCAGUGUUUAAGAGGCAUUUGCACAAUGCCCUUAAUACCAUGCUUUAACUUUUGGUCAGCCCUGAAGGAGUCAGGCAUUUGGACUUGAUGAUUGCUGGUAUAUUUCUGACUGUAAAAAAUGAAAAUGUACUUCAUAUUUAAAUGAAAACACCAAACUCGGAAACUUUUGUGGUAGUUGCCUGGAAGAAAGGACUCUUCAAAUCCUGAUUUUUAAAAGUUCUUUGCAGAAGAAUAUUUGACCAGAACUAGAGGAUCAUGAUGACAACAAGAUUCAUCUGUUUAAUGCUAAUAGCUGUUGUGGGAGCUACUGCAAGCAAAACACAGGAAUUUGAAGGCAAUGAUGAGGAAACAGAACAAGAAUUCAUUUAUAUGAACAGAUAUAAGCGGUCCAGUGACACACAGGACAAAUGCACUUACACCUUUAUUGUACCUCAGCAGAGAGUAACAGGUGCCAUUUGUGUUAAUUCUAAGGAGCCUGAAGUUCUACUUGAAAACAGGGUAAAUAAACAAGAAUUACAGUUACUUAACAAUGAACUUCUUAAACAAAAGAGACAAAUAGAAACUCUCCAGCAGCUGGUAGAGGUGGAUGGUGGGAUUGUUAAUGAGGUUAAACUCUUAAGAAAAGAGAGCAGAAAUAUGAAUUCUCGUGUCACACAACUCUAUAUGCAGUUGCUACAUGAAAUUAUCCGAAAACGUGACAACGCCUUAGAGCUUUCUCAACUUGAGAAUAAGAUUUUGAACCAAACUGCAGAUAUGUUGCAGCUUGCAAACAAAUACAAAGACUUAGAGCACAAGUACCAACAUUUGAUGUCAAUUGCCAAUAAUCAGUCAAUAAUAAUUGCCCAACUGGAAGAACACUGUCAAAGAAUGCCAUCCGUAAAGCCACUGCCACAAACUCCACAGCCACCAAAUAAAGUGUACCAGCCUCCUACUUACAAUCGCAUUAUUAACCAGAUAUCUACUAAUGAGAUUCAGAGUGAUCAGAACUUAAAGGUUCUGCCACCUACCUUACCAACCAUGCCUGCAGUUACUAGUAUUCCAACUUCAACUGAUAAACCAUCCGGUGAAGCAAUGCAGAUUUUGUACCAUCGAGUAAAAUCUUUGGAUAGGAGCAGUGAACAAAAUUCAGGGCCCUGGAGAGACUGCCUACAAGCAUUAGAAGACGGCCACGAUACAAGCUCAAUCUAUCUUGUAAAACCAGAAAACACAAACCGGCUUAUGCAGGUCUGGUGUGAUCAACGGCACGACCCUGGUGGCUGGACAGUCAUUCAGAGGCGGCUGGAUGGGUCUGUCAACUUUUUCAGGAACUGGGAGACAUACAAGCAAGGAUUUGGUAAUAUAGAUGGAGAAUAUUGGCUUGGAUUAGAAAAUAUUUAUUGGUUAACAAAUCAAGGCAACUACAAACUGCUCAUAACAAUGGAAGACUGGUCAGGUCGAAAAGUAUUUGCUGAGUACGCUAGCUUCAGACUGGAGCCAGAAAGUGAGUAUUACAAGUUGAGAUUGGGACGCUACAAUGGCAACGCGGGAGAUUCUUUCACUUGGCACAAUGGCAAACAGUUCACCACGCUGGACCGGGACCAUGAUGUAUACACAGGUAAUUGUGCUCAUUACCAGAAGGGAGGAUGGUGGUACAAUGCAUGUGCUCAUUCAAAUCUCAAUGGAGUUUGGUAUCGUGGAGGACACUACCGCAGUCGGUAUCAGGAUGGUGUUUACUGGGCUGAAUUCCGGGGGGGAUCAUAUUCACUAAAGAAAGUUGUUAUGAUGAUAAGACCUAACCCCAACACAUUCCACUGAAAUAAUUCUUCUCUUGGUUUGCUUUCUUGUUCUAAAGAUCACGUAAAGCUAUGAUGUAUUAUCUGGAAUUAUCUUUGCAGAAAUGAGGAAUGUAAGAUACUGUACAUUUAUUGCUAAGAUGUGAGGGCUUGUAUAUUGUAUUUUCAAGAAUUAUUCCAGGAAAAAAAAAAGCUGAAGAAAAAAAAGGAACUGAAAUGACAUAACACUCAGAACACCUCUCGGUACUAAAAGUAGUUACAUUCAGUCUUUUAGAACUGAUGGUUUAAGGUGGACUGUAGAUAAACUUUCUGGUUUUUAUUCCCUGUAAAUUAAGUUUGGAUGGUAAAAAUACUGCCACAACAUUUAAAUAUUUUUGUAUGUUAUAUUAUGUAUAAAUAUUCUCAAAUACAGGAAAUAUUACAAACUGUACAGCAAGAGUUUUAUUAUUAUUAUUAUUAUUAUGAGCAAUCAUUUGACACAGGAAAUCAUAUCCUUUGAACUGUGUAGCUGGUAUAUGUACAUUAGUGUGAUUAUUCUAAUUUAAUCUUUGUUAACUGCCAUGAAUAAAGUUAAUACUAUGUAAUUUGAUUUUGAGAGCAGAUACUCAAACCAUUACUAUUGUGAUAAAUUCAGACUUUCCCCUUCACUUUGAGCAUUUUAAUAUUCUGCUCCUAUUAAUUAGAAUUCACAUUUGAUUCAAAUACUUUAGACUAAAAACAUUAAUGAUUUUUCUUACCAAAAUGAAGUAGCUACCUGCACAUGGAAAUUAAUCCAGAUUUACAACAGAUAUAAUGUGCUGUAUAGCCAACAUGUUAUACUACACAACAACUCCACAGUAUUUUGUACCCGACUUCAGUCAUUACCUGCUGUGUAGCCUCUGUAAUUAGAAAUGGCUGGAUAUAAUUUAAAGGGACUAUCCAACUUUGCAGGCAAAUGAUGGAUACCAAUAAAUAAACUACUUAAUAUCCUUAGCCAGUAAAUGAAAAUUAUAUAAAGAAGUUACCUUUAGCCAAGAGAAGUUAUAUUUACCAUAUUUCACAAUUAUAUUACUGUCAAAUUAUUAAAUAGAUUUACUUAUCUAUAUUUAGAGGUCAGUCACAACUAUUAAAUACUGACUGGGAUAAUUCUAAUAUUCUUCUGAGGUAGGUUUCUAGAACAGAUUGUUCUAAUACCCAUUUCAAAAGAGCAACUACUACAAAAAAUACAAGUUAAAGAAUGCAUGUAAGAGGGAGAGCAAAAGCCUCUAGAAGUUCAAUAUAUUUUUCAGAAAGCCUGUAAGAUACUGUGCGUUUGUGUGCAUGUACUUGCACACUUUUUCCCUUAUUACCUCAUCACUUCUUUACAACAGUAUAAUGUGCAUUAAACUGACGUGUCACGUAGCAUGUGUUGUAUAUAACUGAAAGUAGGGUUAUUAAUAUAUUAGAUUACCCCUGUAAUAUUGUAAUCCUUUAAUAAAGCAACAAAUGUUAUUU